UCCUGCGAUUGCUUCGAGUUCCCCAGACCACAUCGGAUUGCAGCACAGCUAAUUGAGGAAUGCAGAAGCAGGAAAGCGCAUUCCAGAGAAGCGGCCGAGCAGACAAGUUUAGGGCAACAAGUUUACAUGCCAACAAGUUCGUGCGCCGCCGGGAUUAGUAGGUGGGCAUCCGACAAUGAAGCAGGUGCAGCCCUCCCCUUCUCUUUGUUCGAAGUGCAUUGCCAGUCUGCGAUGCAAGACCGCAGCAAGCCGCCAGGUGUGACACCACGACACGGGCGCCUACCAUUGGCUGAAAGUGGCGUCAUCGGAGUGGACUCUCCCAUUGGUCAAACAUGACGUGACUUGCAGUGCUCGAAGGGUUUAUAAGAAGCCUUCCAGAGAGACCUGAGCAUUCUGGGACAUGCCCUGAUUCCCUGAUUCACCUCUCUCGAACUUCUUGCCGCGGGCCGCAGCGUCCGAGUUGCUGCCGGCCCGUAAUGUCUGCACGACUGUUACUGGACGCUCACCUCCUUGUAAAUAAUGUAGAAUAAAUACUCCCAAGUUUGGGUUUUUCAUCCGCGAAGCCCGUACUUCAACCCCUACAUCUGGUUGGCAGCGGUAGGAUCGCCUCCGAAUGCAUCAGCUGGUGGCAGCGCUACGGAUAAACCUUCGUCAAGAGAGAUCCUAAGGAACCGGGAAGAUCGAAGAAGAGAGAGCCUUCGUCGAAAGAGGUCCGAAGAAACUGGGAGUAGCGAAGAAGGAGCGAGCCUUCGACCCAGGGAGUCCAAAGGAACCGGGAACAGCGGACGAAUGAACCGGAUGGCAGGGUGCUGCAACCGUAAGUGAGCGCGUGGUUUUUUUCCUUAUGAUUCGCCAGACUCAAAGGUUGUGUGUUCAAUUUUGAUAGUUCUGGGAAUCGGGAGUUUGAUGCAUUGUGUGUUUGCACAAAUUAAUUAAGGAAAACAGUUUUAACCACCUGUCGGGGCAGCUGCCAUGGAUCUUAGAAGGUUGACGAGGUUGGAUUUGUUGUUGGUGUGCGACGAUUUGGGAGUUGAGGCGGAUGAACGGAUGGAAACGCCAGCUAUCAUAAAGGCGAUUAACGAUAGUGGCAAUGAUGAUGAAAGCAUUAAGCUUGCUUGGGAGGUGAUACAGGAGCCACGGGAGCGUGUACGUCGUGUACGUUUGCGAGAGCGUCGUGAACUUAGGAGUAAGCGUCAGCGUGAAGAACGCGAGAAUGAACGGAAGCAGGAGCUUCAAGAACUUGCUCUUAUGUGUCAGCGUCACGAACGUGAGAAGGCACGCGAACGUGAGAAUCAACGUAAGCUUGAGCGAGAGGAAAAGUAUGAGAGAGAGAAGGCAGCACUGAUCAAAGCGAUACAGGAUUGUGAUCAGUUAUUGGCACAGAGACAACGGCUGUCUGAGAAUUCUGUAGGAAGUACAGAGCAAGUGUCUAGCGGAUUUUCGCCAGAAGCCGACGAAAAGAGUAGUGCCUGUGAGAUUGACUGCCGAUUAAUAAGUGAAGGGAAGAGGCUAGCCGCUAACGAUGCCUUAGUGGCAACAGAGGCCGUUAAAGGCCGCAAGGAGAGCGACGAGGUGCUGUGCCAACAGAUGACUGUGGAGACAGCUAGGCCAGCUGCGAACAAAUUGGCACAGUUACCGAGCGUGUGCGUCGCUGGUAAUGUUAGCGAGGUUGCUAGCGAGGAAAAGGGUACUGUUGACGCGACAGAAGCGAGCACCCAUGUAGAGCCAGAUGUGCGUGCAGAAGUGAAGUGCGAGCUGAGCGGUGCAGUUGAGGGUAAUUCUCGGGGUGGCGAGCUCCGUAGCUCACGAGAAAACAACUGCAUUGUUCAGGGAUCGGUGCGGCUCUCCGCCAGUCUAGAUGGCCUAGAUAGGGAUGAUUCAGUUAAUCAUUCGGACUGUGCGCGUGAGACAGCGAUCGAUACCGACGGGCUGUGUGCCGAUUCACAGCGUGCGCUGGGCAAUGUAGUAGAGGGCAGUUCGCAAGAGUGCGAGUUGUCUUACUCGAGUAAAGCCUGCUGCAUUGUGCCAGAGUUGGUUGAGCUGUCCGCCAGUCGAGGCAAAGUGAGAGUAGAUUUAAAUGUAAAUCACUCAGACUGUGCGGGUAAGAGGCCGAUCCGGGCCGACGAAAUGUGUACCGGCCAGCACGAGGCACGAGGCGACAUGAAAACGAGUGCAAAGAGAAAGCGCCGUAAAAAGAAGCGCGGUAGAGACCGAAAGUCGGUAAUUAAUGUAGCGCCGCCAAAGAUGGCGAGAAACCCAAAAGGGCAGGGCGCGAGGAGAAGAAAGGUGCGGUCGUCACUGACGAUGUUGACGCAUCCUAAACGUUCGAGCCACAGGUCAAAGGGAGACCGCGAAGAAUGUUCUGCACGGACGCGGACAAAGGGCACGAGGCAGUUAAGCUCCUCGUCGUUCCGUAGUUCUUUUCAUAGCUCAGCGUGCAGUUCGAAGAAACGCAAUGUGGUAGGACGAGACCAGGUGGGGAGUAGCGACGCGGUCAAUCGAGUUCGUGUUGAAAGCGGGGCGCGGGGACGCAAAUUGGCAGGAGACCGUAACGUCUUGGGGGAGCUGAUAGUGAAUCAGCCCUUUUGUUGUCUCCCGGCAGCCAGAGUAGCUUUCAGACCACGCCCACCGCGGGUUCGACUCAAAGUAUGAGUCAGACGGAAGCGUUUGGAAAGGGAGGCCAGGAGC